GCCCGGAGCUGGUUUGACGGGAGGAGCGGCGGCGGAGGAUGGAGGCGGUGGUGUUCCUCUUCUCGCUCCUCGACUGUUGCGCGCUUAUCUUCCUCUCUGUCUACUUCAGAGUUUUUAAAAAGGAGUUUCUUCAGAAGCAUCCACAAAGUGGUUUUGGUUGCCCUCGGCAGUGGGAGAUCUGUGAGGGUGGCCUUGAACUUCUAAUCCACUAGUCUCCUGAGUGCUGGAAUUGCUUUCUGAAACAUAUAUAAUGCUUGGUUGUCAAACAGGAAGUCUGUGUGCUCCUGACAGACGGCUCAUUAGGUGGGUGAUACCAGAGGUGGUUGGCCACGCCCUAGUCACUGUGCUCAUGCUUGUUUCCUUGCACUGGUUCAUCUUCCUUCUCAACUUACCUGUUGCCACUUGGAAUAUAUAUAGGUUCAUUAUGGUGCCAAGUGGUAAUAUGGGAGUGUUUGAUCCAACAGAAAUACACAAUCGGGGGCAGUUAAAGUCACACAUGAAAGAAGCCAUGAUCAAGCUUGGUUUCUACCUGCUCUGUUUCUUCAUGUAUCUCUACAGUAUGAUUCUAGCUUUGAUAAAUGACUGAAGCUGGAGAAGUCGGGGUUGAAGCCAACCUACACUACACUGCACAACUGAGGAGCCAGAGACGACUUAAACCACCCUUAAAACCAUGACCAUAGCAGUAUAUAUUUUGGUCUUUGAACAAAAAAAAAAAAAAAAAAAACCUAUUUUUGCUGUAUUUUUACCACAUAAAGUAUUUACAAAAAAUGAAUUGAGUUUUUGUAGAUUUCUCGUUCAUGAAGGUGUUUCGUGUCCUUUGUGGCUGUUUGGUAGAGGUAGGAAUGUGUGCCAGUUUUGCAUGCCAAAGAGAUAAAGGACACACCUAAAAGAGCCCUUACUAAAUGAGCUGGGUUGUCUUGAAGUCUGAAAAGCCAGAGCAGAGAGCAAUACAAACCUGGAGAAAAGAAGAAAGUUAAUUACCCCUUCUUUAUAUUGUGGCAACUUCAUGUUAAUGUGGCUUAAGGAUUUUGAGGACUUUUCAGCUAAGCCUUUCAACAGAAAAUGACAUUUUAAAAUAUAUUUCUUUGCAGUAUUUAAAACCUUAUAAGGCAUGUGCCCAGGUACAAUGUAAUUCCUGCAUAUAAAGGAAAAAUAAAUUUUAAAAUCAAGAUUUUAUCAAGAGCUUUCAUUUUAAAGCUUAUAUCUACAUGAUUCCCUCCCCACCCUCUGACAUCAUAAUUGUUCCAUUUGUAUUUCAUCUCUAGUAAUAUGUUUUAAUGGGUUUGGAGAGGUGAUUUGGUAGAAGUCACUCAGAAUUAGGAAACUGGUUGGUCAUUGUUAGUGAAACAACCUGUGAGUGCUCACUUGGUGCAGAAUUAAUCUCACCUCCUUUUCUUCUGCCUGAUUGGGAAACCCAGUACAAGCCACUGCAUGCACACGGCAGUACCUAAGCCCUCUUUAAACUCUGGCUCAGGCAGAAGCAAUUAACUUCCUACUCUGUUUAUCAUAUCUUGCAGUGUAGCGUGAAUCUGGCAACUCUUCCUCAGUCCUAUUUGCACUUUAAUGUUGGUAUCUUAAGCACUGAUAUUUAAGAAAACAUGACUGUUAACUUUGGCAUGAUGAACCUUGGUGGCAAAACAGUGUGCGGUUUCCCAGAAGAUUAAAUGUUUAAAUGUUGCCUGUCUUACUGAGUGAGAAUUGGUAGAAGCAAGACAGCCAGGAAGUGAGAUUCCCUGUUAGAAUGAGAGAGGUGCUCUGUCUACACUGGACAAAAGGAUUUGGGAUGGCAUGCAAAAUAAAUUCGGAUCUUUGGGACUUUGAAAUCAUGGAAAUUCUCCCCCAACAGUAAUCUUGUGUUUCAGCCUGGGAACAGGCUAAGAAGCUGUAACAUUGUUACAGUUACUUUUGUGUUUACCUUUUUCUUACUUUUCUCCCUGAGAUACCUUCUGCUUAACAGCCCACCUGCCAUUGCCUGUCAGUGUUACUCAAGCUUCACAAGCAGAACUGUUGGAGAAUUCAUAGAACUGAGACAGGCUGUCGUACUUCAAGUGGCUCCAAGGUAGUGAAGGGCUUUGGGCUAAAAUGUUUCGUCUUCUCCAAGUAGUCUUCACCCAAACUGAAAGCAAUUAGUGGAGCACCCUUGGGCUGUCACUUGUCUGCCAGCACAAGCUGCCUAGUCUUUAAUAACCAAACUUUGUUCUCAAACACUAGUUACAGACAAAACCCUUUGUUUCUCAUAUUGCUUGUGUAUAUCAAAGCCAGGAAGGGGUUGGGAGAAUCAUUCCUCUGGAAUUUUUGGAGAGGGGUGUUU